AUGGCCUGGUAUACUCAAACCGUCGAUCUUCUUUCUGACUCCUUAGCGAAUCAUCGCUCCCAGCUUCCCCUUCUUGCUGCAACAGGGGCAUCACUAACGCUCGGCCUUGCGCUCCGCUCAUUUUUGUCGGACGACCACCCCGGCAGCACCGUCCUGCCGUCGCCGCGCGCGUCGGUCUUAGCGUCGGAGUCGCCUGAAAGGAGCCGAGAGUUGCCCCUGCCUCCCGAUGUGCUUCCGGGAGCUCGAGAUGUGUCAACGCCUUAUGGCUCUGUACGAGUAUACGAGUGGGGUCCCGUUGAUGGCCCGAAGGUCCUCUUUGUCCAUGGAAUUACCACGCCCUGUAUCGCCCUUGGUGGGGUGGCUCAUGCUUUAGUCGACCGAGGCUGCCGAGUGAUGCUGUUUGAUUUGUUUGGAAGAGGCUAUUCGGAUUGCCCGUCCGAUAUACCCCAGGAUGAUCGGCUUUUUGCGACUCAGAUUUUCUUGGCUUUGAGCUCGUCUCCCAUCUCCUGGACCGGAGCCGGCUCCGGCAAGUUUUGUCUCGCUGGCUACUCCUUGGGUGGAGGCAUUGCGGCUGCUUUUGCCUCCUUCUUUCCUCAGCUUCUCUCGUCAUUGGUGCUGCUUGCUCCGUCUGGCCUGCUUCGCGACUCUCAGAUCAGCUUCCAAUCACGUCUACUUUAUUCCCGCGGUCUGGUCCCUGAGCGCGUCUUAGGAUUCCUUGUCGAUCGUCGUCUUCGUGCUGGACCAUUGGUUACGCCAAAACCUAAGCAGGAUAGAAAGCUCACUGCUGCUGAUGCGCUCACGGAGGAGCUUCCGUCCCAAAGCGGAGAGGACGUUCAAUUGUUGUCCAGGGCGUACCCUCACGUGAGCGUUCCUGCUGCCGUGCAGUGGCAAGUGAACCAACAUUCCGGGUUUGUCCAUGCAUUCAUGUCUAGCAUGCGUUUCGGUCCCAUCCUACAGCAACGCCAAAUUGGAUCGUGGCAACGCCUGGGUCAAGUUUUGGCUAGCCAGAGAGAGCCUACACCCCAAGAUCAAUCUCAUAGCGGCCUUUCAGGCAGCAAAGUCCUGAUAAUGUGUGGUGAACAUGAUUCCAUUAUUGUGAAAGACGAGCUCGUACCAGAUGCCACCGCGGCUCUACAGGGAAAUGUGAGGUUCCAGUACUUCAACGCUGGCCACGAAUUCCCGAGUACGAAGUAUGAGGAAGUAGCACAGGGUAUAUGGGAGCUAUUGCAUUGA